AUGUCAGGUUCAGUAUUGGCUGUAUGCAGUUAUGGUGGAGUGUUAGUAAGAGAUACUGAUGGAACAUAUAUGAAGGAGGGAGGUGAAUCUAUUGCAAUUCGUAUGGAUGGAACAAUGAAUUUCACCCAGUUCUUGGAGAAGGUUUGUUCAUCAUGGAAUUUCAACCCUGAUGGUGUUUUAUUGAAGUGGUUAGUGCCUGGGAGUAGAUGUGCUCCUAUUAGCCUUAAGGGAGACUUAGACCUCCAAAAUAUGUUGGAUUUUAACAGUCGUAGUGCCAUAGUGGAUGUAAUUGUGUCAAUGGAUGAUGGCUCUAUCGGAAGUGAUCACUAUGGGGCUAGUCUCAGCAUAUGGAUGACGGGAAUGUUGAUGAGACUUGUGACAUGGUUAUUGCAUGUUCAAGUGAGACACCUGUCACCUGUGGACAAAGUACUAACCAUAUUUUGGGAGAAAGCAAUAGAGGGUGUGGGACAGAUGUUUAAGUCAGCAACUGACUUUCGACAAUCGGUUGCUCAAUUUGCUAUUGCAAAUGGUUUCCGUUAUUUGACAAAACGGAGUGAUAAAGCGAGGGUUAUUGUUGAGUGUGCAGUUGAGGGAUGUUAUUGGUCAAUUAGGGCAAGUCAUGUCAAGCCGAGUGGAAUGUUUAGGAUUCAUAAGUACCAAGGUGUACACCAACAUCCACCUAGAUCUCAGUUCAUUGACAAGGUGAAGGUACCGCAGUCUCUCAUAGCUAAUACUGUGGUUGAGAAAGUUCGAGACACUCCCAAGUAUCCUCCAACUAAAUUCAUUAUUGAUAUGAAAAGAGACUAUCACCUAGAAUUGAGUUAUAUGCAGUGUUGGAGGGCAAAGGAGGUUGCAAAUGAUAAAGUGUUUGGAUCUUUCAAGGAAUCUUAUCUGUACAUCCCUUGGUAUUGUAAUAAGGUUAUUGAGACAAACCCUGGGAGCCAUGCUAAAUAUGAGGUUGAUGAUGAUGGUAAAUUUACAAGACUAUUUGUAGCCUAUUACACUGCUAUGCAGGGCUUCAGGACAGGAUGUAGCCUGUACUGUUCAUUGAUGGCACCUUCAUAA